CACCCAGCCUACAUCCAGGACAAGGAGUGGAUCUGCACUAGCAACACCAAUCAAUUUGGAGACCUGACCGCCCAAUUUCUAUGGAACCAAACUACAUGUGAGUCCUCUCAAGAAUCCUCAACUGCUUCUUCAAUACCAACUCCUUCUGCAAGUGGUGAUGAGACUUCUACUCCAGAACAAAGAACACCAGGUGUGUCAGAGGAAUCCUCAUCUGCUGCCUCAUCAGUUCCUCCUGUGAACCAGGCUCCUUCUUCUAGUCCUCUGACUCCAGUAGAGAGCCAACUCGGCAUGAACGAUCUCUUCACCGUCUACUCUGAACUGGUGGGAGUGGCUCACAUGUGGAAGAAGGUGGGACUGGCUCUCAGACUGCAUCCAAACUUACUCCGCAGAAUCGAGGCAAAGAAAAAUGACGUCGAAGACAACUUAUCAGAUGUGUUGGAAGAAUGGUUGAAGAAGUCGUAUGACACAGAGAGUUUUGGGGAUCCGUCAUGGAAACUGCUGGUGGAUGCAGUGGCUCAUCGAGCUGGAGGCAAAGACCGUGCCCUUGCCAUGGAGAUUGCUGCCAAGUACAAUGCUCCAGCUCCACAAUAGCCUCAAGUAGUGAAUGAACCUCGUUUCCAUUCUGGUAUGUAUAUAUGUACCUUCACCC